AGGAGCAGCAGCAGCAAGGACAGUUGUAUCUGAUGAAAUCAGAGCAACUGUCAUCGACCAUGUAAUCAAUCAUGGUCUGUCCAUGAGGGAAGCUGGUCUGAGGGUUCAGCCGAACUUGCCAAGAUCAACGGUGGCAUCAAUCGUGAGGGUUUUCACACAAACUAACAGACAUUGGUGUAUUUGCCAACAUUGAGAAUGUUGGCACCACGACCAUCGCCAGAGUGCUGAAAAAGCACCAAAUUCGAAUGAAGCAGCUUUACACUGUCCCCUUCGAGAGGAACUCUGAGCGGAUAAAGGAACUCCGGUACCAAUACGUCCAGAGAGCCAUGGAACUUGAAGCCAGUGAGAAUGAACAUGCGUUCAUCUUUGUGGAUGAGGCUGGCUUCAACCUGGCAAAAACACGUCGCCGUGGAAGGAACCUGAUUGGGAAAAGGGCCACGAUAGAUGUUCCAGGCCAGAGGGGUGCGAACAUCACCAUGUGCGCAGCAAUUUCGAACGAUGGACUGCAGCUGCAGAAGGCCGGCAUAGGCCCAUACAACACCGAACGCCUAAUUGCCUUCAUAGAUGAGCUUUACGAAAGGCUCACAGCAAGAGAGGUAGACAGGCAGAAUCUACCAACGUAUGUAAUUGUAUGGGACAAUGUGGCCUUUCACCACUCCCGGCAAGUCACAGGGUGGUUUGCGGCGCAUCCUAGAAUGAUGUCACUUUUCCUUCCGCCUUACUCUCCUUUCCUCAACCCCAUCGAGGAAUUCUUUUCGGCGUGGAGAUGGAAGGUCUAUGACCACCGCCCUCAGGACCAGAUGUCCCUAUUAGAGGCAAUGGCUGCUGGGUGUAUGGACAUAGCCCCAGAAGAUAUCCAGGCCUGGAUAAGGCAUUCCAAAAGAUUUUAUCCACGUUGUAUGGCAAGAGAAACCAUACGUUGCGACGUAGAUGAAAAUUUGUGGCCAAAUGCGGAGGAUAGGAGGGAUUAGCCCAAUUCUGCGCCACUGUUGGGCUACUGUAAUAUACAGUAUGUGCAGGUUUUGUGCAUUGCAUUUUUUGUUAGAACACAUUUUUUGACUUUGUAAUGUAUUUUCUGUUUUGUGUAACACUUGCACUGUGACAAAAUCUCCAAAAAGUAAAGCACAGUGAAAAAAACUGUUGUGUUUGUGAUUUGUUUCUGGAUCAUAUAUUACGUACUUACUGUAUGUAAUUUGCAUUACAAAAACUGAAAAUUGUUAUUCUCAGUUUCUCAUAAAACACUUACAGUAUUUACUGUAUUUACAAUUACAGUACAUUUACCACACUCAAUUGUGACGUCUUUUGUGGGAGGUAAACCGACAUAUGAACACUGUCAGCAGAUACUUGGCUUGGAUUGUCAUACUGUAAUAUUACAAACUUUAUUACUGUAGUCCAAAGAAGUGUUUGUCUGUGUUUUUUCUCUUUUUUUCAAUGCAACACUACAGGAAAUCUAUGCCAAACUGGAGGACACAGCAACAUUUUAUAUAUGCAAUUGGCAAUGCUUCAAGUUGUUAGUGU